UGUGUCUGCAGGGACAGUUGAGCUGUGAUCGUCCACCUUGUGUUUGGAACCAGAAGCAGCUCCUCACCGACUCUGGAUUUCACACUGACCAACAUUUUCACAGUAAGCAGCCUCCUUGGACCCACCUGGAAAAGUGUUUUUAUCUUCAUAUGUCCGCUGGUCCAGCCUGAGGAUGGAAAAGUACGAGAAGAUAGGAAAGAUCGGAGAGGGCUCCUACGGCGUCGUCUUCAAGUGCAGGAACAGAGACACGGGGCAGGUUGUCGCCAUCAAGAAGUUUGUGGAGUCAGAGGACGAUCCCCUCAUCAAAAAGAUUGCACUGAGGGAGAUCAGGAUGCUCAAGCAACUGAAACACGCCAACCUGGUGAAUCUGAUCGAAGUGUUUCGGCGUAAACGGAAGCUCCACCUCGUGUUUGAGUACUGCGACCACACGGUCCUCAACGAGCUGGACCGUCAUCCCAGAGGAGUUCCAGAGAACCUUGUGAAAAGUAUAACCUGGCAGACACUUCAAGCUGUCAACUUCUGUCACAAACAAAAUUGCAUUCACCGAGAUGUCAAGCCGGAAAAUAUUCUCAUCACCAAACACCAAGUCAUCAAACUCUGUGACUUUGGGUUCGCAAGGAUUCUCACUGGUCCAUGCGACUACUACACAGACUACGUGGCGACUCGUUGGUACCGCUCCCCUGAGCUGCUGGUGGGAGACACUCAGUACGGCCCCCCGGUGGACGUCUGGGCCAUCGGUUGUGUGUUUGCCGAGCUGCUGUCGGGGAUCCCCUUGUGGCCUGGGAAGUCUGACAUGGACCAACUGUACCUGAUCAGGAAGACUCUCGGAGACCUGAUCCCUCGACACCAGCAGGUCUUCAGCAACAACCAGUUCUUCUGUGGAGUUUCCAUCCCAGAGGCACAAGAGAUGGAAUCUUUGGAGCAGAAAUAUCCAAAUCUCUCACAUCAAGCUCUGAGUCUCAUGAAGGGUUGCCUGAGGAUGGACCCGUCCGAGCGGCUGACCUGUGAGCAGCUCCUCCAGCAGCCGUACUUCGGAGGUCUGAGGGGAAAGAGCGAGAGAAGCUCUCGAGAGCACGACCGAUCCAGCAACAAGAGGACGGGUCUACCUCGCAAACACCUUCCUCCCGGGUAUUUGCCACAGCUGACCAGCAGUGGCAUCUUCCCGGCUCUGGACAAUAAAAAGUACUACAACAACCUGCGCACGUUCAACUAUCACCUACCCAACAUCUGAGCACGAGCCCAAUCAAACCCCAACACCAUCAACAAGCAGCAUUUUCUGAAACCUCAGGAACAGAAGCAGAUUCUGGUAGCGCCUUGGUUUUUAAUGACUACUCAACCACAUUUUAAAGAUGUUGUUUAUCACGUAGGAUGUGUCUGGGGGUCUUUUGAUACUGAUGUCAGUCUAUGCACUCUUCCCCAGCAUGUUGGUCAGUGUAGAUCAUCAACGUUUCAAUUGAUCGAAACAAUUCAAGUGAUUUUGUUUUAUUUUGUAUAGACGUGGAAUGACGAGGAGCAAAACGUUGCUCUGCUCGUAGUCGCUGAGUAGACUGAAGGUAAAACUCUGCCGUACUGCCUUGCCAAAUGUAUUUUUUAUCAAACGACACUUUUAAAAAAAAAAAAGGAACAUGUUUUUGGUAGUGAGUUCUAUGAUCUAGGACACAAACUUUGACUCAUUUCUGAAACUAUUUAUUGACGUCAGGAGUGAAUAUUCUUUUAACCCGCACAUUUACUAGCAUAAAGCAGUAACAAUACACACAUUGUACUCAUUAUCUGUUGAACUUUGGUGCUAAGGAUGUCCACAGCAAUCUGGCUAUCCUCCGAUGUUGUACAAAUGCCAAAUUAAUCUAAAGAGAAAUGAUUUUAAAACUCUUGAAUAACUCCCAAAUAGUUUCUCUCUUUGUACCCACAUGGAGUAACCUUUAUUACCUUGAAUGUUGAGAAUAUAAUAAACUACAGAAUAGUUCAAUCUA